CCCCCCCGCCCCUAGCCAUUUUCUGUCAGUUCCGUUUAUUGCGCCAUUUUAAAACACCCUCCUCACCCGCCGAAAGCCCCGAAAGUGCAGGGAGGAAUGCUUGUCCUCUGUCCACGUCCCUCGAAUACAUUAAUUCGAAUCUGCAGCUCCAACAAACGACCGGUACCCUCUCUACCUGUCUCUCCCGCACUGCGAGUCCAUCCUUCGCCGCAAUUGAGCCGUAGAAUUCACGGGACAAGGUUGUGGCUGUCUCCCACGAAGAACAACACCCCUCGAAAACUGGCGAUUUCCACCCGUCUCGGAUCGGUGACACGGCAUUUCUCGAGUGCCUCCCCCGCUCUGUCCAAGAUAUCAGAUACAAUGGCGCCAAUCGACAGUGUAGAGGUGAAGAAAUAUGAUUACAUCGUGAUCGGGGGUGGGAGCGGAGGCAGUGGUGCUGCACGGAGAGCGGCGGGGUGGUAUAAAGCGAAGACAUUGAUCAUUGAAAACGGGAGAUCUGGAGGGUGCUGCGUCAAUGUCGGGUGUGUUCCAAAGAAAAUGACGUGGAAUUUCUCCUCGAUCGCAGAGUCACUACGUGACGGUGUGCAUUACGGUUAUGAUAUCCCCAAGAACAUCUCCGUAGACUACAAUCUUUUCAAGCGAAAACGCGAUGCUGUGAUUGAGCGAUUGAACGGUAUCUACGAGCGGAACUGGAACCGUGAAGGGAUCGACCUUGUGCACGGAACAGCUACCUUUGUUGGACAGAAGGAGCUCGAAGUCACACUGCAAGAUGGCAGUGGGAAGGUUCGGUUCACCGCUCCGCACAUUCUGAUCGCUACCGGCGGCUACCCCAAGGUCCCCAAUACUCCUGGUGCCGAGCACGGAAUCACUAGUGAUGGGUUCUUCGAAAUCGAGGAUCUGCCGCCGAAGGUUGCCGUUGUCGGUUCUGGAUACAUCGGUGUUGAAUUGGCGGGCGUCAUGCACACUGCCGGCGUCGAGACGCAUCUGUUCUGUCGCCAUGAGACGUUUCUGCGAAAGUUUGACCCAAUGAUCCAGCAUACCAUGACAAAGCGAUACGAAGAUGUCGGAAUGAAGAUCCACAAGAACUUCACUGGAGUCAAGGAGGUCAAGCUUCUACGUGAAGGCAAAGGCGCAGAUAAGCUGCUCAGGCUGAUCAUGCAUGAUGGCAGCGAGAUAGAAGUCAACGAGCUGCUUUGGGCCAUUGGUCGAUCACCGGCCGUUGACAACUUGGGUCUCAAGGAGAUUGGUGUAAAACAAUUGCCCGGUGGAUAUAUCGCUGUCGACGAUUUCCAGAACACCUCUGUCGAAGGCAUCUACGCGCUCGGUGAUGUUACUGGAAGAGCGGAACUGACUCCAGUUGCCAUUGCUGCUGGCCGCCAACUUGGAAACCGUCUCUUUGGGCCCCCCGAACUGAAAUCAUCCAGAUUGUCGUACGACAAUAUCCCCACCGUCGUAUUCGCUCAUCCAGAAGUCGGCUCUAUCGGCUUAACAGAACCCGAGGCUGUGGAGAAGUACGGAAAAGACAACCUCAAGAUCUACCACACUAAAUUUACAGCUAUGUUCUAUGAUAUGAUGCCCCCAGAAGAAAAAGCUCAUAACCCGACCGAGAUGAAGCUCAUCUGCGCGGGUCCUGAAGAGAAGGUUGUUGGCCUACAUAUCCUUGGUCUCGGAGUUGGCGAGAUGCUACAAGGCUUUGGCGUCGCAGUGAAGAUGGGUGCCACGAAAAAAGACUUUGAUAGCUGUGUUGCUAUUCAUCCUACAUCUGCUGAAGAAUUGGUCACUUUGAGAUAAAUCAUGGAUUCCACUCCAUCUUGGGAUAUCUUUCGAUGUUUAUAUUGUUUGAUAGAAGUUACACUGCUUGGGCUACUUGCAUAUGCAUAUUGGAAAACAUUUUUAGUAUAAAGACGGAUUUAUUACCUACAGCUGAAAUAAAUGCUCUUCAGAAUCUACCUUUAUAUUCAUACCCAUAAUACUGCUGACACUUUAGCUUAGAGUUUAGCCUUCUCCAACCGUGGAGUGAGAUCGAUCGGAUUCCACCAGGGAUAGAAAGAGGGCAUAUCGUCCGGAUUCGUCACUGAAGCUUUGAAUUGCGGUUUUCUCUUCUCGAAGAAACUCCUGAUACCUUCCUCGUUGUCCUUGCCACCGAAGAGACUGUAGAUGAUCGCUGAGUCGAGCAGGUGUGCUCCCUCGGGACUAUCUGGCCCACGGUACAUCAUAUCCCUCAUGAGAGAGGUUGAGACGGUGGAAGUAUUCUGUGCAAUGUCCUCUGCGAUCUCGAGAGCGCGGUCUAAGGUCGCCUGAGCCGUCGGGAGGACUUCGGAGAACAGGUCGCGUAGCAAAGGAUGGUCCGGAGGAUACGUAGCACCCGUGGUGGCGACGUGGAGGGCACGAGAGUGGCCGAUGAGACGGGGCAAGAAGAAGGAUGAUACAGCUUCCAUGACCAGGCCGCGGCGAGCGAAAACGAAGCCGAUUUUGGUGUUGGCGGUAGCGAGACGGAUAGUGGCGGGGAGCGUCAUGGUAAUUCCGAUUCCGACGGCGGAGCCGUUGAGGGCCAUGAUCGUGGGCUUGCGGCAGUUGUGGAUCGCUAGAGUGACUCUUCC